CCAUCGAUUGGCCCGGCUCCGCCCCGGCUCUGUCCUCCCCGCCGAGGUCACCGGACGCUGGGCCCACGGUAAGGGCGCUGCGGGGAGAACUGGGGCGGGAAACGGGCAGCCGUCUCCCAACCGAGAGCGGGGGGAGCAGGCGCAGAUUCAGAACCAGGGACGGGACGCCCCUUUCCUUCGAAGGAGAAACCGGAACCUUCUCAUUUGCUUCAUGAAAACUAAGCUGAGUCCACUGUCGCCCACGGCCAUUGAUUGGGCGAAACUGGCCUCUUGCCCAGGAUCCCAGCUCGGCUCCCUCCGCGGCUGAUUGGCCCGGAGUGCGGCCAGCGGCCGCCGCCCGCCCUUAAAGGAGCCGGUGCGCUCAGCCGUGUGGGGUUUCCUCCUCUUCCAGUGAUGGCGCUUACCGUCCUGCUCCUGCAGCUGGCCGUCCGCAUCCUGGCAUUCCCCCUGUACCUGCUGGACUUCCUGGGCCUGUGGAACGGGAUGUGCAAAAGAUGCUUCCCCUUCCUCCUGGUGAGGCUCACCUCAGUGUACAACAAGCAGAUGGCGAGCACGAAGCGGGAGCUCUUCAGCAGCCUGCAGGAGCAUGGGAGCCCCUCGGGGGAGCUCUGCCUGCUGGAGCUGGGCUGCGGCACCGGGGCCAACUUCAAGUUCUAUCCGCCUGGGUGCAGGGUGACCUGCGUUGACCCCAACCCCAACUUCGAGAAGUUCUUGAUCAAGAGCAUCGCUGAGAACCGACACGUGCAGUUUGAGCGCUUCGUGGUGGCCGCCGGGGAGAACAUGCACCCGGUGGCCGAUGGCUCCAUGGACGUGGUGGUGUGCACCCUGGUCCUGUGCUCCGUGGAGAACCAGGAGCGCAUCCUCCAGGAGGUGCGCAGGGUGCUGAGGCCGGGCGGGGCCUUUUAUUUCCUGGAGCAUGUAGCAGCUGAGCGUUCAACCUGGAGUUACUUCUGGCAACAGGUCCUGGAGCCUGUCUGGUACCUUCUGUUUGACGGGUGCAACCUGACCCGAGAGAGCUGGAAGGCAGUGGAGCGGGCCGGCUUCUCCAGGCUGCAGCUGCAGCGCCUGCAGGCCCCGCUGUCCUGGGCGCUGGUGCGCCCGCACAUCUGUGGAUAUGCCGUGAAAUAGCGCCAGUGGGAGCAGAGAGCCGAAUGAAUGGCUCAGAUCACCUAAGGCUUCUGUUUUACACUUAAAUACU